GUCCAUGUAAGUGUCUCUGUUCUAUGUUCCGGGAGUGACUACACCAAAAGCAAUGGAAGGACUUGGCUUUGAGUAGGUGGUUGCUAGGUGGGCCUCAGGAUAAUCAGACAUAUAAGAUAGAGAUUUUAUCAAUGGAAAAAGAAAAUUCUUCCUCCGUCACGGAGUUUAUUCUCUUGGGUUUGUCGGAAAAUCCUGAGCAGAAGUCCCCUCUCUCCGCUCUAUUUCUCACUAUAUACCUGGUGACUGUUCUGGGAAACGGUCUGAUCAUCUCCCUAAUAUGCAUGACCCCGGAGCUCCAAACCCCUAUGUAUUUCUUCUUGGGAAACCUUUCCUUUGUGGACAGCAGCUUCGUAUCGGUAACUGUCCCUCUCAUGGUGGCCCAUCUUCUCAUGGAGAAGAAAAGCAUCUCGUUUCAAGGCUGCAUGACUCAACUCUUCUUCUUCCUCUGGACGGCCGUCAUGGAGUGUUUAGUUUUGGCCCUUAUGGCAUACGACCGCCUGGUGGCUAUCACGAAUCCUCUUCGGUACUUGUCUACAUUGAGCAGGAAGACUUGUUUGGCUUUCAUGUGUUUUGCCUGGAUAUUAAGCUUUUUGCAUUCUCUCCUUUACACGUCCAUCAUCUCCUCGCUGGAUUUCUGUGGUCUGGACAAGAUCAAUGAGCAUUUCUGCGAUAUCCCUCCACUGCUGGCACUCUCCUGCUCCGACACCGCAAGCCUGGAACUUCUUGUAUACACCGAGGGGGGCAUAAUGGCAAUGAGCCCCUUCGUAUUUAUCGUGGUAUCUUAUUUCCGAAUCAUCAAAACCAUAUUAUCGAUCCACUCCUCCUCCGGGAGGUCCCGAGCCUUCUCCACCUGCUCCUCUCACCUGAUUUCUGUAGGACUUUACUUUGGAACAAUAUUUGCCAGCUACUUACAUCCCCCUACAGCUGGAGCUGUAGAGACCAACAGGCCAAUUGCUCUGGUAUAUUCCAUACUCAGUCCUCUGCUCAACCCCUUUAUCUACAGCCUGAGGAACCAACAGGUGAAAGGCGCUCUUCGGAAAAUGUUAUGA